GAAGACAGAGAGUAAAAAAUAAUAAUGUCUCGCUCCCUCAACAACAGAACUUUAUUCUUGAUUCUAAUCUCAACUAUGCUCAUGAAGCACGGUAAUUCAAUGCCAACAUACAAUUAUCAUGACUGUAAAGAUCCAUUAUUGGAGAAUGCAACCACCGGUGCCAUUUUCCAAUCUGAUCUAACUUCUCUGUUGAGUCCUUUAUCUUUAGCGGCUUCCUCUAAGAGCUUCCACAAGGCUAAUGUUUCCACAAGGCUGUAUGGCCUCUUCCUCUGCAGGGCUGAUGUGUCGCAGGACACCUGCAAAAACUGUACCAUAACUGCCAGCAUAGAAAUCAAAAGCAAGUGCGCAUCGAAUUCUAGCGCAGUAAUCUGGUACGACGAAUGCAUGCUUAGGUACUCCAAGGAACAGUUUUUUGGGGUGGCACAAACUAAGCCAUUAGUAUUCGCUUGGAACAUUGACGACAAUAAUAGCACUUCACCUACUGAAACUCAUCUCAAUGCACAAGCACUGAUGUACCAGUUGAUAGAACAAGCCUCAAGUAGGGAUACGCUGUUCAGUGUAGGGAAAUAUACGGUAAAUGAUGGGUCCGAGGAUAGAUACGGGUUGGUGCAGUGUACAAGGGAUAUAAAUCGCUCUUCAUGUGCAUCUUGUUUGUCUAAGUUGAUGGAGAGAACUAAGACUUGUUGCGGACACAGUGUUGGGUGGCGCUUACUGGCUCCUACUUGCAAUAUAAGGUACGAGAAGGAUAUCUUCUAUGAUAGUUUAGAGCCACUAGUAUCACCUAAUACUAGCAAACCGAUACUACCAUCGAAAGGUCCGAUACUACCAUCGAAAGAUAACAGAAAUCGCACUGCAAAACUCCUUAUACUCCACAUGGUCAUUCCAAUUGCGGUUUUUAUGCUCUUCUGUCUUAUCUGGUCAGCUCAACCCAAGGAAAGACGAAAUCAAGGGGAACAGCUUACCAAUUUAAUUCAAGUAAAUAACUUGAAAAGUUCAAGUAGGUCGUACUUUAAGGAUCAAGGAAUGAUUGCACUCGAAGACAACAAAGGAGAAAUACAGUGCUUUAGUUUGAGCACGAUUAAGGUUGCUACCAACAGUUUUUCUGAUGACACUAAGCUAGGUGAAGGUGGCUUUGGGCCCGUUUUCAAGGGGAAGUUAAAUAAUGGAAAGGAAAUAGCAGUUAAAAGGCUUUCAUUCAAAUCAAGACAAGGCAUUGAAGAAUUCAAGAAUGAAGUGACGUUGAUUGCAAAACUUCAACACAAAAAUCUUGUUAGGCUCUUGGGAUGCUGCCUUGAUAGAAACGAAAAGCUUCUUGUCUAUGAGUACAUGGCCAACACCGGUCUCGAUGCUUUUCUGUUUGAUCAAAACAAACGUGGAAAGCUGGACUGGCCUAAGCGGGAAAAAAUUAUAAAUGGAAUUGCAAGAGGUCUUUCAUAUCUACACGAGGAUUCCAGGCUGAAAAUUAUUCAUAGAGAUUUGAAAGCUAGCAAUGUAUUGUUAGACCAAGACAUGAAUCCCAAGAUAUCAGAUUUUGGGACUGCUAGAAUAUUUUAUAGCGAUCAAAUUGAAGCAAGCACCGAAAGGGUUGUUGGUACAUAUGGUUAUAUGGCACCAGAAUAUGCUUUGGAAGGGUCAUUUUCGGUCAAAUCUGAUGUUUAUAGCUUUGGGGUACUGAUGUUGGAAAUUUUAAGCGGGAGAAAGAACAUUGGUUUCUUCCAACCAGAGCGUCGUCGUGAUCAAAGCCUAACUCUUAUAUCUUAUGCAUGGCGACUCUGGAGCGAAGGCAAGGAGCUGGAAUUUCUGGAUCAUGUCCUGGUCGACGCUUGCCCCAUAAAUGUGGCGUUGAGAUGGAUUCAUAUUGGCCUGUUGUGUGUUCAAGAAAGGCCCAAAGACAGGCCCACCAUGUCCUCGGUUAUUUUGAUGCUUGGAAGCACUACAGCCCUUCCUCUACCACUUGCACCUCCAUUCUCUUUAAGCAACUAUUAUGACAAUACAAGUGACGAAUUUUCAAUAACGGAAGAAAAAGAAGAGGAGGUGGAAGAAGGGGAGGAUGAUAAUUCCAACUCUUUUUCAGUAAAAUUAUAGAAUUGAAUUCUAGUAUUUGAAAUGAAUGAAUAAAAUUAUAGAAUUGAAUUGAAUUCUAAUAUUUGAAAUGUUUAUUAAAUGAAUUAA